AGUGGAGAAGAACACAGGCAAGGGGUAAAAGAGACAGACAUGAUGUCGGCAAUGGCAUCAAGUAUAGAGGAGACCAGUGAUGACAUCAGUGUUGAAUUCAUCUUCACCUGAAACUUCACUGAACUGAAAUCGGGGCAGUAUGGGAGCAUCGUCCAGUCUACUGGAUGAAAAUACAUCCAACUACAUAAAAGGUGAAGUGGAUGUCAAAUUUCAGGAGUUUGCACCGAUUUAUAGGAAACAAUUUUCUUUGCCCUUCCUGUCCCAGAUCCAAGAUGAACUUGAGCAACGCAAAGAGGAACACACACAGCUCCUCAAACAAAGGGAGCCUCUAGAUGCAGGACAGAUACUUUAUGAAGAGCAUGUGCUGUGCUUUGAUGAUAGCAGGAAAUGGAAAGACAGAUUUGUUGUGGUGCGUGCCAGUUACGUCCUCGAGUGCCACAAAAGCUACAAGACAUUUAUGAAAGGUGUGCCUGCACUGCACAGCCUUCUACCUACAGGGGGCACAAUUCUGACUACAGAAGAUAAGUACAUGGAAAUGGUGGACCAGUGCUGCCCUUGCACUAACAAUGCCCGGGAAGAUUUUGCUCCCCCUAUGGCGGGCAUGCCAGGGCAGUUCCCUGUUUAUCUUAGACUUCCAUACCGUCAGGAUUCCUAUUUCUGUUUCUGUGUGAAGGAAAACCUAGUUAAAUUCAUCUCCAUCUUAUCUGAUUGUAUUCGCCACCAGAACAAAGACUUUCUAAGGAAGAAGACAUGUGAGGUUAAAGCCUUCCUCAAAGCCCUUCAGAUAUAUAGGCAGGAGAAAGGCCAGUAUGAAUCGUGGGAUAUGCUCAUUGGCAGUGAUGUGCGGGCACUUGCUAAUCUGUUGAUGGAGGACUUCGUGCCCUACCUGGAGAAGGAACUUCUGCCAUGUCUGAAGUCCACGAAGGCAGACAAGAGGAGAGUGUGGUUUGCGACAGUCAAGGCUGCUUAUUACCUGGUGCAAAUGCAACUGAUGGAGAGACUGCAUGCACUGAAAGAGGAAUGCAAAGAGAUGGUGAAACAGCAAGGGGUGCUCAUGCGCUCCAAUAUGGACCAGAUCACCAGCUCUAGAACUUUCCUGGAAGGCGAACUCAGAGCCAUGGUAACUGAGCCAGCAAUGAAGUAUUGCACAGAGCAUGUGCAGCCUUACCUGCCAGCUAUCCUGGAAGAAGUGAUGGUGCCCAUCAGCCUGGGAUUCACAGAGGCCCGGCAGUUAAGCAAGAGCAUGAUGGAGCAGCUGUGUCAGGACUUCCAAGAUGCUGAGCAUAGGGAGGAAUUCAUAGAGGCUCUUUUUAGAAUGAGUACGGCUAAUUUAGGAAGCUGUUAUGAGAAAGUGAGUGGACUGGCAGAUCACAUUCAAAAGCUGCAGCAAACCUUCAACUAUUCCACCAAACGUCUGGAGGACAGCACAGAAAUAGACAUACAACAGCUGAUGGAGAAUGCAGAGUACACCUUUGAGCUGCUGCUGCGAAAGGCUUUGGAGGACCCAUCUGUCAACUUUCCAAUGGCUAUGCAAAAGGCCAAACACAGAGUUCUGAAGCAAUUUGACUAUGACAGUAGCACAGUGAGAAAGAAGAUCUUUCAGGAGGCUUUGAUCAGCAUCACCCUACCCAGCAUAAAGAAACACCUGGACACAUCUUUCAAAGAGGAACUACCAAAAUUUCAGCAAUAUAUAUUUGCUGAUUACUCCAACUUCAUCAGUGUGGAAAACGUGUAUGAGGAUAUUCUCCAACAGAUACUGGAAAAGGAUGUCAGCAUGGUGGUCAAGGAGGCAGCCAACAUGAAGAAGUACAACCUGUUCACAGAGAGCCAAUACAAUUUAAAUCUGUCCAACCCGUCCUCCACCCCGCCAGGAUCCAAACCCAGCAGCCUGGCCCAUUUAAAAUCCCCAGAGAUUUUGCGCACAGCCCUGCCGCCCUCUCCUUUGCUAACCAAUGGCCGGGCAGUAAAAAACUCCUUCAACAAUGAACUACAGCCAGCAAUGAAAGUGGCUGUUCAAUCACCUGAAAAGUCAAGUCCAAAGAGUGAAAUUCAAGCCCAGCCUAGUGCCACACUGAGCCAAGCUCUGCCUGCUGCGGAACAAUUUGAUGUGGGAGAGAACACAACAGUCCUAGAAAAUAGUAUGGAUGAUGUAUUUGUGACUGCUGAAACAGUAAAUGAGAAAAGAGCUGAAAAGACAGCAACCUUCAUUUCCACGGACACUUCAGCUGAGAUUAAACCAAAAUGUAUACCUAUAGCAAACACAGCAAAAGGUUUGGCCAUCGUUGCCCCUGUUGUUAACCUUGACCCUAACCCUUCUAGUUCAACAGGAGGUGGUGCAGCUUUCUCAGACUUUGAUAAUAAACACUCCGUAGUAAUCAGUCCUGUUUGCAUGAAAACAGCAAACAUUAUUUCCUCUUGCUCUGGAGGUGAUGCUGUAUUCACAGCACCCCCUGCUGUAACGGAGGACAACAGCAGGGCUGCAGUAAAGACAGAGGUCACUUUAGAUGACCCAGUCACAAACAGAGCAGGGAUAAGUGAUGUCAGUGUGGUGGAAAACAAGUAUCCGAUAGCAGUUUGUUUAUCCACUGAAGAUGCAGAGACAGAUGUUCUUCAAACCGCUCACAACAUCUCCAAAGCAUUGGGCAACCAGCCAAUCACAGAUCCAGAACACACAUCAGAAUGUCUGCCUUUAUCAAGCCCAGAGGAUGAAGUCAAGCCCCUGGACUGUGUGAAGGCGAUUCGUGAUCUGGUACUGAAAUAGAGGAUGUGGUUCAGCCUUGCAAAGACACUGGGGAAAAAGUUCCACUUGAAAUGUUCAAGGAACCAGAGACUAUAGUUUAAGUCUCAACCAAGGCUUAAAGGAAUGUUCCAGGUUCAAAAUAAUUUAAGUUAAAUCGACGACAUUUUUGGAAUAACGUUCAUUACCACAAAAAAUACUUGUGAAUCAUCCCUCAUUUAUAAACAAAUGAAUACAAAAAAAUAACUAUUACAGACAUUCACAAUAGAAGUAAAUGGGGCCAGUCCAUAAAUGUUCAAAUUAUUUAGAAAGGUUUUUGAAAAGCUUUUAGACUGUAAUUUUAUGUUGUAUAAAAUAUUUUAAAAGUGUUUCUCACUCCGAGGACUAUUUUAAUGGCAUAAAUGUAAUAUAGUUCAUCUUCUUACAUGUAUUAAUCUAUUGUUUUAAGAUUAUAUACAAAUAAAUUUCUA